UCAGAAUUUUAAAUCAGAACAAAAAAGUCAGAAAAAAUCAAAUCGGAAUAAAUCAGAAUCAGAAAAACACAAAAAAAUACAAGUACGCAAAAGUCGUCGUUCUCAAGCAUUUGCUGAGUUUACAAUGGAAGAAAUUGAACGUGACUUGCAUCGCUCACUUCCCGAACAUCCAGCAUUUCAAUGUGGAAGUAUAGGAAUCGACGCUCUUCGCCGCAUUUUGUCUGCUUAUGCUGUUCGUAACCCAACUAUCGGUUACUGUCAAGCAAUGAAUAUUGUCGCUGCCGUAUUUUUGCUUUAUGCACCAGAAGAAUUAGCCUUUUGGUUAUUGGUAGCAGUUUGUGAAAGACUUUUGCCAGAUUAUUACAAUAAUAAAGUUGUUGGUGCUCUUGUUGAUCAAGGUGUUUUUUCUGAUUUGGUUUCACAAUCUUUACCUGAACUUCACUGUCAUAUGCUUAAAUUACAAUUAGACGAUAUGGUAGCACUUGGCUGGUUUUUAACAAUUUUUCUUUCUGCAAUUAAAUUUGAAGCAGCUCUUCGUAUCAUCGAUUUAUUCUUCUUUGAAGGGUCCAAACUUAUUUUUCAAUUAGCUUUGGAAAUGCUUCGUCAAAAUAAAAAGGCUAUUUUUGAUGCUAAAGAUGAAGGGGAGGCGUUUCAAGCCCUGAAUGCAUUCACCGAUAAAAUUACAGAUUCAAACGUGAGGAAUAGUACUGAGAUAUUUAUUGGCGAUUUAUUAGCUUCUUCCUACACCCAUUUUUCUACCGUUUUUACAAAUGAAAACAUUGAACAGCUACGUUUUAAGAAUCGCCUCAAGGUUGUGCAAAAACUUGAAGAAUGUCAAAUGAGGUCAAUUGUGAGAAGUGUUGGUUGUGAUUGUAGAUUAACUGAACAAGAGCUUCGAACAUUAUAUAAUGCUGUUAAGGAAGAACAUUUGCUUUCAUGGCGCGCUCGUCUUUCAACUACAAGCUAUUUACGAACAACUCGUGGAAUAGUGGAACGUCCUCGUCAAUUUCAAUAUAUGCACUCACAAUACCGAUUAGAUUUUGAAUUAUUUUCACUAAUUUUGGGAAAAUCAUUACCAUGGCAGCCUGCCGAUAUUUUCUUUGUUCGUGCAUUCCGACUUUUGGAUGUAAAUAUGACGGGUAUUCUAACAUUUCGGGAUUUGGCUUGUUUUUUGAGUACGUUACUUCGAGAUGAUCCUACUGAAAAAUUGACCUUGCUUUAUAGAUGUCACAUUCCUCCAGCAUUUAACAUGUCUGAUUUGGAUGAGAUUAUUCCAAAUUUUGUUGAUGUUAAUUCGACUGAUGAUAAACAAGAAGAAUCAUGUUUUGAAGCAGGCGAUGUUUUAGGCAGCGAUAAUUAUGCAACACCUGCAAAAACUGAUGAUGAAGCAACAAAAGAUGAAACAAAUAAAAUUAAAGAAGAAAACAAUUUAAUUGAAAAAAUUGUCGAUAAUUCAAUUAUUAAAAUGAGUGUUAGUUCUUCCCUCCCAAUAUUAGAUAAUCAACAACAACGAUUAUCCUCAUCAUCUUCAUCAUUUUCACUUGGAACAACUUUAUCUAUUGCUAGUACAAAUGUAAACUGUAACACUAAAACAAAAUUACCAGAAGAAGAAAAUGUAAAUAAAUGGUUUCCGUCGAGCAAAACGGAACAAGAAGAAAAUCAAAAAAUUAAUAAUAAAAAAUUAAAAAAACAAAUUAUAAUAACUAGUUGUUCGUCUCCCUCAAUUUCUACUACUACUGCUACAGCGUUAACAAUAAAUGAAGAUAAUAGUGCUCUUUUACGUUCUAUGACUACAACAGAUGAAACUUUUACUGAAGAAGAAAGUCGUAGCGAAUUUAGUGAAUUUUCUUUAUUAAACACGGAUAACCGUCUUCUUCAACGACAGAAACUUUUAGACGAAAAUGAUAGCAAAACAACAAAUGUUUGCAACGCAAAAGUUAGGCCGGAACGAAGGCCUUUACAAACACAACUUGAACAUAUUAAUCAAAUUCAAUUUAUUCAAUUUUGGAAAACAAUUUAUGAUAUGAUUGGAAGCAUGAAUAUAUUAAACAAUAAUAAUUUAUAUUCUUCUCCCUCAACAUCUACACAAACCGAAGGAGCAUUUUUAUUACCUCCUCCUCAUUUACCUUCUCAAGAAGAGGAUGCAAAUUUGUUUAAUUCUUUAGCUUUUGCGGGUACUUUAUUGUUACAAUUGGGAGAUGCUAAUAAAAAUCAUCGAGAACAAGUAGAACGCCAAAUAGUCGAAGCUCUAGGUGAAGAUGCUAAGGCAACAAUGUCUGUUGCAAUGAAUUUGGCUGAAAACGAGGAUGACAACAACGAAAAGGGAAAGAAACCUGGGGAUUUAGAUUCUUGUAUUAAAGACGGUGAAUGGCGUUUAUCACUUCAGCAAAUUAUAGCUACAGUUUUGGCUCAACCUUCUCUUGCAACAUUUUUUGAAGGAAAAUAUCCCUUAUUCCUAUUAAAUCAGCAACAACAAUCGCCUUCUUGCAGUACAAAUACAUCAACAGCUUCUUCUCCUAUUAAAACAUUUCCAAAUAAUUAA